AUGACGUUCAAAGAUCUCCAUUAUUCAUUGGGUAAAUUUAAAACCGAUGUGCGUUCUCAAUUAGCACGUAAAAACCCUUUGCAGAAGCCAGAUACAAAGGCUCUUUCCAUGUGGAUUUUCGAGGAACGGAACGAUCUGAAAGCCAUGCGCGUGUCGGCUUAUCAUCGCGCGGAAACAUCCAAAUCGUUUGCGGAUUGGAUUGAUGAA